ACUGAAUUCGCAUGCAAACACUGCCACACUGAGUUACGUUACUCUUCCUCACUUCAGCCUCUGCCACGCAACGCAACCAACUACGCUCACACUUUCUUCCUUCUCUCUCACCAAUUUUCAUUCCAUCAUUUGUUCUCUCUUUACAAAAUCAAUCUGCAAAUAAGUAAGUAAAUAGCUUGUGUUGGAAGAUGAACCCUCACGGUCUUUUCGCUUCUGCAGCGAUAAACAUGGGGUUGGCCUUCCUCAUUCUCUCGCUCUUCUCCGUUCUCAAGAAGCGGCCUUCCAACGCCUCCGUCUACUACGCUCGCCCCCUCUCUCACCGCCGUCAAAUUCCCGUUCACUUUCCUUCCUCUUCUCUUCGCCGUUUCCUUCCCUCCCUCGCUUGGGUUUUCCGCGCGUUCCGUGUGACCGAAGCUGAGAUCCUCGACGCUCAUGGCCUCGAUUCUCUCGUCAUCAUCAGACUCUUCAAAUUCGGCAUUAAGUUUUUCGCAGUGUGUUCUCUUGUUGGGUUGGUGGUUCUUCUCCCUGUUAAUUAUGGUGCCCAGGAGGUUCAAAAUGGGAGUCACUUUACAAUGGAUUCUUUCACAAUAUCUAAUGUUAAAAUAGGUUCAAAUAGGCUUUGGGUGCACUUUGCAUGCUUGUGUUUUAUAUCUUUUUACGGGAUGUUCCUACUAUAUAAGGAAUACAAUGAAAUUUUGAUUAGAAGGAUUCAGCAAAUUCAAAAGUUAAAGCAUAGGCCUGAUCAAUUUACUGUGCUAGUUCGUGAAAUUCCAUUAUGCAUUGAACACAAGGCUCGUGACUGUUGUGUUGAUCAUUUCUUCAGGAGACAUUAUCCAAACACUUACUAUUCCUACCAAAUGGUGUACAAAACUGAAGAACUUGAGGAAUCUGUGAGCCAAGCAAAGUCUCUUUCAAGAAAAAUAGAGGAUAUGAGAAAGAGUUGUAUAGCCAACAAAAGAGAGAAUAGGUUAUCACUCUCGGGUUUAUUACAUGGAAACACUUCAAAAGCUGAUUCUGAUUUGCUCGAGGAAAAGCUUCAAGCACUUAGUCACAAGAUUCACCAGCUACAACGCAGAGACAUGCUCCAGAAAAAGGUAGCAGCUCUACACUGUACAAACACGUCCAUCUUGUUGUGCUUGCGUGUUUUCUCUUCUUCAAUUCUCGAGGAGUUGGCUGUUGCUUUUGUAAUAUUCAAGUCCCGGUGUGGUGCUGCAGCAGCUGCUGAUUUGCAACAGCAUUCACAUCCACUUCUUUGGAUCACUGAAGCUGCUCCAGAAGCAAGGGAUGUUUCAUGGAGGAAUAUGAGAGUAUCCUACAGAGUAGUUCCACUCUAUAGACUAGGUGUUGUCAUUGCAGCAUCUUUGCUUACAGUUUUCUUUGCCAUACCAGUUACUGCUGUUCAAGGAAUAGCCAAAUAUGAGAAACUUAAAAAAUGGUUUCCUCCAGCAUCGGCUGUGCAGCUCAUACCCGGACUAAGCUCUAUAGUGACUGGUUUUCUUCCAAGUGUUGUACUCAAAGCAUUUAUAUAUAUUGUGCCUUUUACAAUGUUUGCUAUGGCUAAAAUAGCUGGAUGUAUUGCAAGAAGUAAGGAGGAGAUCAAAGCCUGCAACAUGGUUUUCUACUUUCUGGUUGGAAAUGUGUUCUUCUGGAGUGUGUUAUCAGGAUCCCUUCUUGAUUUAAUUGGGCAAUUUAUUACUCAACCCAAAGCCAUUCCAACUCAUCUUGCUGGAGCUGUCUCUGCCCAAGCAGAUUUCUUUGUGACAUACAUCUUGACAGAUGGUCUUUCUGGAUUUUCUUUGGAGGUUCUCCAGCCUGGCAUGCUAAUUUGGGAUAUUUUGAAGUCUUGUGUUUAUGGCUCUCAAAGAGAUAAAAGUCCUUAUCUUUAUUCAUUUCCUUACUUUAGAAUAAUCCCUUUAGUCUCUCUCUCGGUUCUAAUCGGCAUAGUGUACGCAGUAGUGGCACCAUUGUUGCUACCGUUUCUUAUCGUCUACUUCUGUUUGGGCUAUGUUGUCUUUGUCAAUCAGAUUCAAGAUGUGUACGAAACUACUUACGAAACAUGUGGACAAUAUUGGCCGUACAUUCAUCACUACAUUCUCCUUGCAAUCAUUCUGAUGCAGAUAACCAUGAUUGGUUUAUUUGGACUGAAGUUAAAACCAGCUGCUUCUAUUUCAACCAUUCCAUUAAUCACGUUCACGUUGAUGUUCAAUCAUUACUGCAAGAUGCGUUUUCUCCCUUCCUUCCACCAUUAUUCUCUCCUGGAUGCUGCCGAAAGUGAUGAAGUUGAUGAGAAGUGUGGACUAUUGGAGUUACAUUGUGAGAAUGCAAUGCAUGCCUAUUGUCCACCAGGUUUACGACCGGUGAAUUUCAUGGCAUCAGAAUCCAGCUCCACACCCUUGGUUUCAUCGUGAUAAUUCAUUCUGCAUUUAUGUUUUAUUUAUUUUCAGUACAAAAAACCACAAGAAUAAGAGGAAGUGCAGAAGAAAGGACAUGGUCAAUUCAAGGAAUCUGAGGGAAAUUUGUAGGAAUCCAUGCAUUACAUAUUCCCUUUGCUUUUUAAAUUUUAGCUAUUACACUUGUUUCUAAUAUUUUAUUUUACAAUAACAAAGGUUUUCCUUUUGUGAGAGUU